AUGAGGGCUUUUUCCCUCCCGGCGCUGGCCUUGGCUGCAGCGUCCCUCUUAUCCGCUUUGGCCACCCGGCUGUUCCGGCCGGCGCAGAGCUGCCGCCUCCACCAUCGCCCCUUCCACCUCUCGGCAGUUCGAAAUGAAGCUGUUGUCAUUUCGGGAAGGAAACUUGCUGAGCAGAUCAAGCAGGAAGUGCGGCAGGAGGUGGAAGAGUGGGUGGCGUCAGGCAACAAACGGCCGCACCUGAGCGUCAUUCUGGUUGGCGAGAAUCCUGCAAGUCACUCCUAUGUCCUCAACAAAACCAGAGCAGCUGCCGAUGUGGGGAUCAACAGUGAGACAAUUGUGAAACCAGCUUCAAUUUCAGAGGAAGAACUGUUGAAUUUAAUCAAUAAACUAAAUAAUGAUGAUAAUGUAGAUGGCCUCCUUGUUCAGCUGCCUCUUCCAGAGCACAUUGAUGAGAGAAAGAUCUGCAAUGCUGUUUCUCCAGACAAAGAUGUUGAUGGCUUUCAUGUAAUUAACGUAGGGCGAAUGUGUUUGGACCAGAAUUCCAUGUUACCAGCUACUCCAUGGGGUAUUCCAACCCUGGGGAAGAAUGUGCUUGUGGCUGGAAGGUCAAAAAACGUUGGAAUGCCCAUUGCAGUGCUGCUGCACAUGGACGGGGUGCAUGAACGCCCCAGAGGUGAUGCCACUGUCACAAUAUCUCAUCGAUAUACUCCCAAGGAGCAGCUGAAGAAACAUACAGCUCUUGCAGAUAUUGUGGUCUCCGCUGCAGGCAUUCCAAAUCUGAUCACAGCAGAUAUGAUUAAGGAAGGAGCAGCUGUCAUUGAUGUGGGAAUAAAUAGAAUUCAAGAUCCCAUAACUGCUAAACCCAAGUUGGUUGGAGAUGUGGAUUUUGAAGGAGUCAGGAAGAAAGCCAGUUACAUCACUCCAGUCCCUGGGGGUGUUGGUCCCAUGACAGUGGCAAUGCUAAUGAAGAAUACCAUUAUUGCUGCAAAAAAAGUGCUGAGGCUUGAAGAGCGGGAAGUACUGAAGUCUAAGGAGCUUGGAGUAGCAAGUAAUUAACUAUUGUGUCUUCUGUGUCAUGAACAGCACUCCAAGCUAGUUCACGAGGAAA